GAUGGAUGGAUGGAUGGAUGGAUGGAUGGACCACCACGCCAGCGCUUGCCACUUGUUCAAAGGCUCCUUCGCCGAUGCGGGCCACGUCUACGUGCACAUGCGCAACGGCAGUAUCGGCGAGCAGGUUGGAGGUAAUUGGCGGCUCUUGCAAUCAACACCGGUGGAGAGCGGCGGACAGAAAAACGUGCCGAUCGGGCAGGUCUUUGUGCGUGGGAGCUACACUCUCCAUGUGGCGUGCUCCUCUUCCAUCAUAUACUCAGAUGCACUCUCCAUCCAUGACGUCCUGGCGCAGGAUGACAACCUGAUGAUCUACAAUGGCUGGGGCACCGCCGACUGUGACAAGAUCCCCUUGGACAGGGACUACUCGGGCUGCCCCUGCCGAAGCUGGAACGGCAUCGUGGAAUAUCGCUGCGAGGUGGAGUCGGUGUACCGGGACCAACACUUGCGACGCUGGGCCUCGGUGAUGCAUCAGGACACCACCUUCGCAGACGUGGAGAUCAAAUGUGGCAAUCAAAGCUUCCCUGCGCAUCGGGUGGCUUUGGCUUCUGCCUCUCCGGUCUUCGCCAA